AUGCAACGUUCAUCCUUUUCUUCCAAGGCCGUGUUUCACCAAAUUCUCCGUCACAAGAACCAAAUCCAAAGGAUCAAACCCCAACCCUGCGAUGUGUUCAUCAAUCAUCGAGGAAUCGAUACGAAGAGAAAUGUCGCCGGAUUGUUGUAUGAUCAUCUCAGUAGGCUAAAGUUCCGGCCAUUCUUGGACAGCAAGAACUUGAAGCCGGGGGACAAACUGUUUGAUAAAAUCGACACUGCCAUUCGCCAUUCUAAAAUGGGGAUUGCUGUGUUUUCUCCAACUUAUUGUGAUUCAUAUUUUUGUUUGCAUGAAUUGUCUCUUAUCAUGGAGACAAAGAAGAAGGUUAUCCCAAUUUUUUGUGAUGUGAAACCUUCUGAGCUUCGUGUUAAAGACAAUGGAGGUUGUCUUCCUAAUGAUCUGCAAAGGUUUAGCAGAGCUCUUGAGGAGGCCAAGUACACUGUUGGCCUAACAUUUGAUACCUUAACAGGGGAUUGGCCUGACUUCUUGGCCAGUGCUACAGAUGCAGUCAUGAAGAACAUGAUGGAGAUUGAAGGAGACAGAAUGGACAGGAAACAAAAAAACACAAAGGAGCAAAAAGGUGGAUCAGCAGGCAAAGAAGACAACAUUGGUGGAAGUGGUAGUGUCAUAGGAGUUGGAGACUUAGCAGAUCAUGCGAGAAGGCCAGCCGGCGGCGCCAACGGGUUACUGGGCGACGCUAGUAGAAGAGAUGGAGAGCGUUUGGCAGGCACUGGGAACGGCGACACAAAAGCAGCGGUGCUGGCACUAAGCAGUGCCAUCUAG